ACAAUACCCCGAUCUCGCUACUCACGAUAAACGGGAUAUACGGCUUACCCCUACCCACACAGCUACCAUGCCCCCAGCACUCCCCAUACCUGCCUCCAAGCUCUGCGAAUCCUGCCUCUCCGCCCGAGCCCUAAUUUCCCGGCCCAAAACCCACCAAAAGCUCUGCAAGCCCUGCUUUCUCUCCACCUUCGAGUCCGAAAUCCACGCUACAAUAGUCAGCACAAACCUCUUCACGAAAGGAAGCCGUAUUGCAAUCGGGGCCUCAGGGGGCAAAGACAGCACCGUUCUCGCCAGUGUGCUAAAGACACUCAACGAGCGGUACGACUAUGGUGUCGAGUUUGUUCUGCUAAGUAUUGAUGAGGGGAUUAAAGGUUAUAGGGACGACUCCCUAGAGACAGUGAAGAGGAACGCGAUUCAGUAUGGGAUGGAGUUGGUUAUUGUCAGUUAUGAAGAACUGUAUGGGUGGAGUAUGGACUCUGUUGUUGAGAGCAUUGGGAAGAAAGGGAAUUGCACUUAUUGCGGGGUGUUUCGACGGCAAGCGUUGGAUCGGGGGGCCGAGAGGUUGGGUAUUCAUCAUGUGGUUACGGGGCAUAAUGCGGAUGACAUUGCGGAGACAGUAUUGAUGAAUUUAUUACGAGGCGACCUCCCCCGACUCCACCGUUGCACAUCGAUAAUCACAUCCUCCACAUCCUCACCCAUAGCGCGCAGCAAACCUCUUAAGUACGCUUAUGAAAAAGAAAUUGUCCUCUACGCACUACAUAAGAAAUUAGAUUACUUUUCGACAGAAUGCAUAUACUCACCCGAAGCCUUCCGUGGCAGUGCAAGAACGCUGAUUAAGGCGCUUGAGAAAGUUCGCCCAUCGGCUAUCCUCGACAUCGUCCGGUCAGGCGAGGCGUUUUCCAGGAUGAUACCUUCACAAGCCCAAGCGAUGUCGAACUGUGCUCGUUGCGGGUAUUUGACCUCACAGAAAUUGUGUAAGGCUUGUACCCUAUUAGAGGGUCUGAACAAAAAUCGGCCCAAAACGAUAGUAGAGGUUGAAGCCGGGAUCGAAGAUGAAGAGGUUAGCUCGAGCCUGUGGCGUGGGAUAGAAGCUAUAAAGUUGGUGGAGGAAGGAAUUGCGAAUUGA